AACGAGAACUUUGUUGUCUUUCAUAUUGGUCUUUUACAAUUCAAUUUUUGGGCAGUUUUCCCUAGCGAAUGUCGCUCCCUGUUAUAACCAGACCGUAGUCUAUACAGAUAUGUAUUAUAAAUAUAUAUUUGUAAAACUUAAAUCAAAUGAAAUAAAUGUUGCCUGAGAUUUUACACGUUUAAUAAAAACAAUAUUUCAUUUGGAAAAAAUGCAAGAUAUGUAAAAUUACAAAUUGAUCAUUUUACUGGUCUUGUAUUAUAAAACACGUAGCCCGAAGAGCACGUGCCUGUAGAGAUACGUCACUUGCGUUAGGAACCGUUUUAUAACCUAUCACAGUAAAGGAACGUCCCAGUAUAGCAGCGGAAGAAUGCCGUGAAAGUUUCUGUACAAAGUACAAUUGAUCUACAAUUGAUAUUUUCCGCAAUACUUAUCUGGUGUUCGGUCAGGGUGUAUUCAUACUCAUGAUAUUUAUGACAGUGGAAUGGCGUUAGUAAAUCAAUUACAAAAAUUUUCGAGAUCAAUUCUCGGUAUUGCAUCGAAUUAUUCAAAAUAUACAAGCAACACAACGUUGCCCUUUUUGCAGGCAACAAGAGGAACAUCGACCACGCAACCACUUUCAGAAAAACAAGAAGUAAAUAUAACGUUUGUUAAAGCAAGUGGAGAGAGAAUCAGAGCAAAAGGGAAAGUUGGAGAUACUAUAUUAGACAUAGUAGUAAAUAAUGAAAUUGAUUUAGAUGGAUAUGGUGCUUGUGAAGGAACUUUAACUUGUAGUACGUGCCAUUUAAUAUUUUCGAAAGAAGUUUAUGAUACACUUCCUGAUAAACCAACAGAUGAAGAAUUAGACAUGUUGGAUUUAGCAUAUGAAUUAACAGAUACGUCACGUCUAGGCUGUCAAAUAGUAAUGUCUAAGGAACUAGAUGGAAUUGAGGUAAGAGUUCCAUCAACAAUUAAUGAUGCAAGAGCAUAACUAAAAUUAUCUAUAGGUUUUUGAAAAUUUGUAUACAAUGUUAUAAUUCUCUUGUUAAAAAACCCUUGUUAUAAUUAUUAAAAUAUUGGUUAUUAAAAGAAUAUAGUAAAGAAUCUUCUUUUUAAAUGUGAAGCUUAUAUAUAUACAUAUGUUAUAAUAUAAUUGCAAUUUUAAUAUUUGUACAUUGCCAUUGUAAAAAGCCUAUACAAUUAUGAAGAAAAUAUAUCUUUUAUUUUUAAUAUA